GGAAGUGCAUUGAUACGCAUGAUUCAAAAUAUUUUGGGAGAAGAGAAUUUUCGAAACGCCUUACAAGCAUAUCUUGAUGAAAGUGAGUUAUUUUCUGCUCUUUAUAUGACAUCCAAACGGUUCAAUCUAAGCGACAUCAACAGCUACCCCCUUCGGCUGACGGAACUCUACUACGUGCAGUACCAGAUCCACCACCAGAGCGGCGCGAGUUCCGCGCGCCUCUGGUCGACGCCGGACACGUCCAUUAAUUACGAGGUGGCGGUGGAGUCGACGGAGCAGUGGCUGGUGGUGAACAGCACGGGCUACUUCCGCGUCAACUACUGGGCCGCCAACUGGCAGCGGCUGGGGGCAGCGCUGCGGGCCGCGCCGGCCGUCGUGGCGCCCGCGGAGCGCGCGCAGCUCGUCGACGACGCCCUCAACCUGGCGCGCGCCGCGCUGCUGCCCUACGCCACCGCGCUCGACUUCGCACGCUACCUGGCCCGCGAGACGGACUACGUGCCCUGGACGGCCGCCUUCUCGGGCCUCGACUUCCUGGGGCGGCUGCUCGCCAACGAGGACGAAGAAGGACUCUUCGCGGUCCGUGCUUUACUCGACCGAGCAGGGUGGCGCGGUUCUGGUUGCCAUUGUUUUUACUGUUGGUAG